AUGUUGAGUACCUCGGGCACCAGAACCUAUGCCACAGCCGCAAAAUGGGAUAACCCAUGGCAACUAGGUCGAUUGGUCAGUAGGGCGGCAGCGGCAGCGGGGACCAGUCGACUGCCUACGAUAAAGCGACCGGCCGAUAAGUUUGCCUUAACCUGUCUCGGAGUAAGUAAGGCCGGUCCGAGUGUGAGAGACAUCUUCCUACAUCGGGCGAUGGAGAGCGGCACUCUAACUUUAGGGCCUGAACGCGCAGCCUGCGGAUGCGAAAUCCUAGAGACCGUGAAAAGAUCAGAAAGAAGAAGUGCAGUGGGGGAGAAAAUUUUCCCUUCUUUUUCUACACUUUUGGAGUUCGGCACUUUUAACUAUACCGAUCUCGAAUACCCUCGCGAGAGAUCAAAGAGGGGAAAGGCGCAAAAAAGGUUGGGCACUUCGGACCAAUCGCUUGUGGUCCUGGUUAGUGGGAGAGGCUGCCAGAGGCAUUCUCGGUCGGUAACAGGGAACUUCGGAAGAUACCUAGAAUACCUACCACUCUACUAUUCAGAGUACUCCCAUGCUCCGCCGCCAUCAUUCUCCAUGAGCAAUGCCAGUACUCAAUGUGUAACUCUACUCUGCCUAGAGCAGUCAAGACAAGAAUGGGGAAAAAGCAAAUACGAGACGCGAGAGCGAGGCGACUUUUUUGGAUCAUCCCCAGACGAGCGCGUCCAUUCGGAUCACAGAAGGAAAGGUUGGUGUUUUAUGCUAUCCUUAGUUCCCUAG